AUGGCAACAGCGGUUGUGCCUCUGGCACAGCUGAAGCUGGCAACGGGGCCGGAGCCCACGACGGCCGAGCAGCGAUACUGGAAGUCGUUUCGGAACGCCAAGUCGCACACGACGACGGCAGCAUGGUCGGUGACGCAUAUCAGCUACCCGGUGGCGGCGGGCUCGAUUGCGUUGUUGUCAGCGACGGCGUCCAAGGCCAACGACAUGUUUGCAGUGACGGCAGGACCGCGGGUGGAUCUCUACAGUAUCCGCAAGCGUGAGGCGCUCAAGUCGAUUGGGCGAUUCGAGGCGGUGGCGCGAAGCGGCGAGAUCCGGGCAGACGGGCGAGUGCUGGUGGCGGGCGACGAUUCGGGCAAGAUGCAGGUCUUUGACGUCUCGGGCGGGUCGCGGCCGGUGAUCCUCAAGACGUGGCAUGUGCACCGACAGCCGACGUGGGUGACGAAAUGGUCGCCGACGAACCUGACGACGUUGAUGAGCGCCAGCGACGACAAGACGGUGCGGCUGUGGGAUCUACCGAGCAGCGACGCAGUGCGCACGUUUGUGGGCCACCAAGACUACGUGCGGUCGGGCGCUUUUAUGCCGACCGGAGGAGGCGGAGCGGGCAGCGGGUCGGGAGCCCGAGGAGGUCACGGCGGCAGCAGCAGCAGCGGCGGUAGUGGUGGUGGUCACAUGUUGGUGACGGGGUCGUACGAUGCGACAGUGCGGCUGUGGGAUGCACGGACGCCAGGCGGAGCAGUGCUGACGUUCAAGCACGCAGCGCCAGUAGAGGCGGUGCUGCCGAUGCCGUCGGGGACGGUGAUUCUGGCGGCGGCAGAGAACUCGGUGUCAGUGCUGGAUGUGGUGGCAGCACGGCCGUUGCAGCUGCUGACGAGCCACCAGAAGACGGUGACGUCGCUGUGUCUGGCGUCGGGCGGCGAGCGCGUGCUCUCGGGCGGGCUGGACGGCCACGUCAAGGUGUAUGAGACGGGGACGUGGCAGGUGGUGGCUGGGGCCCGAUACUCGUCUCCGGUGCUGUCGGUGGCCGCGGUGGCGGCUGGGGCUGCCGGUGAGGCCCGCCAUCUGGCCGUGGGCAUGUCGUGGGGCGUGCUGAGCAUCAAGACCCGGCUGACGGGCGCGGCGGCCGAGCGAGAUCGUGAGCGACAGCGUGAAGCCGCAGCUCGCAGUGCUGGCACGCUGGACCGUCUGGAUGCGAGCAAGAACCGGACCAAGCAGUUGGUGGCUGCGCGCAAGCGGCUCGAGCAGGUCGGAUCGACUCCGGGAUCGGGAUCGGGGGACUUUGUCAUCAACCCCACUGACGACGCCCGCGGCAAGAAAGAGACCGCUUGGCAGAAAGACUUGCGCCACCAGCGAUUUGCCGCUGCUCUGGAUACCGCGCUCGACCCAAGCUCGUCCGGCCACAGCUCCAUCAACACGCUCACGCUGCUCGUGGCCCUGCAGCAUCGCAGCGCUCUGCGUGAUGCGCUCGAGAACCGCGACGAGGUCUCGGUCCAGCCCAUCCUCAAGUGGGCUUGUCGCCACAUUGUCGAUCCGCGCUACACGGCCGUCUGCACUGACGUCGGCCUGCAUCUGCUCGAUCUCUACGCCGAGUACGCUGCCGCCUCAACCGAGCUCCACGACGGCUUCCAGACCCUCUGGCGCACUGUUAGGCGUGAGGUCGAACAGGCCCAGCUGGCCUGCCAGACCCGCGGCAUGGUCGAGAACCUGAUGAUGAACGUGGCUUGA